GACCUGACUCUCAUCCCAGAGACGCUUCAGCGAGGGGCACUGGGCAACGAGUGGGAGCAUGCCAGCACGUCCAGCAGCAAGGGGCAGACCGUGGCUGAGGCCAACACUACUUCAGUGAGGUACAAUCUGAAACUGGACAUGCCAGUGCCCUCACAGCUGGUGGCGGUCAGCCGCUUCUCGAACGACAUCGUGACGGAGACCCUCCGGUGGCUAAGCAAGCUGGCUUCAGCGACGGCGCUGUUCAAGCUGGUGGCGGUGCUCUUCCCCGUGAUUGAGCGCAAUAGCUACCGCUUCGCGUUGCACGUGCCGCUUUUGGGGCUAGGCGCCAUUCCAGAGCGAGCGCCGCUCCUCGCUAAAGGGGCCGACGCUGUUCCAUGA